AUGCUCUCUCUCUUUCUAUCAGGUGUCUCAGAUUGUUUUACUGCAAUUCAAUGGUUCUCAUAUGCCCUUUCCAUUGAGAGGUGGAAAUUAGGAAAUUUAAGGCAAAAUAUAAUGUUGGUAAUUGUCGAGGAAGAUAAUAUGGAGAAAGAGUUUGAUUCCAAGCUUAGAAUAGAAAAAGAUCCUUCAUCAAAUGCUGGUAUCAACAAUCAUCCUCAGAGAUCCAAGAGCUUUGCGUUUAGGGCUCCACAAGAAAAUUUUAGCAUCCAAGACUUCGAAUUGGAGAAGAUUUAUGGAGUUGGUUCCUAUUCCAAGGUUGUGAGGGCAAAGAAAAAAGACACAGGAAAUGUUUAUGCCAUGAAGAUCAUGGAUAAAAAGUUCAUCACAAAAGAAAACAAAACUGCUUAUGUGAAAUUGGAGCGCAUUGUAUUGGACCAGUUAGAUCACCCUGGCGUAGUGCCAUUGUUUUUCACUUUUCAAGAUACUUUCUCACUCUACAUGGCACUUGAAUCAUGCGAUGGCGGAGAACUUUUUGAUCAAAUUACCAGGAAAGGUCGUUUGUCUGAGGACGAGGCUCGUUUUUAUGCAGCAGAAGUUGUGGAUGCUCUCGAAUAUAUACAUAGUAUGGGACUGAUACAUCGUGAUAUUAAGCCAGAGAAUCUGCUACUUACUACAGAUGGGCAUAUAAAGAUAGCUGAUUUCGGUAGUGUGAAGCCAAUGCAAGGCAGCCGAAUAACUGUCCUUCCAAAUGCAGCAUCAGGAAUGACCUGUGGGCGCUUGGAUGACAUUGAUCCGAGUAGGCGACCAGGGGCAGGUCCUGGUGGCUAUGCUUCACUGAAAAACCAUCCUUUUUUCAAAGGGAUUGAUUGGACAAACUUGAGGGAAGGAACUGUACCGCCUAAACUUGCUUUGGAGUCAAGGGCUCAAUUAACUGGAGGUCAAGAGCAAGGCUCAUUUUCAGCAACAAGAACAAAUGAUGAUGGUAAUGCAUCGGCUUCUGAAGCUGGUAGCAUAACUAGGCUUGCUUCCAUUGAUUCUUUUGAUUCAAAAUGGAAACAAUUCUUGGAGCCCGGAGAAUCGGUGCUCAUGAUCUCCAAUGUAAAGAAAUUGCAGAAACUGACAAACAAGAAAGUGCAACUUAUCCUGACGAACAAACCAAAGUUAAUUUAUGUGGAUCCUGCAAAACUUGUGGUCAAAGGAAAUAUAAUAUGGUCCGAUAAUCCUAACGAUCUCAGCAUUCAAGUCACAAGCCCUUCAAAUUUCAAGAUUUGCACACCAAAGAAGGUUAUGUCAUUUGAGGAUGCGAAACAAAGAGCAAUGCAAUGGAAAAAGGCAAUUGAGACCCUUCAAAGCCGGUGA